GGCAGACAAAGGUUUAUUUGUAAAGAACCUCCUUCUAGCACCUCCUUUUUUCUCCUUUUGCCUAAACUCACCCAGUGAAUUGGAGCAUUUAAGAAGAUUGCUCUGCCAAGAAGACCAAAAGGAACAGAGAAGAAAGGGGCAAAAAGCCAAAAUGAAAUUUAUAGUACUUGCUGUCACUGUUGGGCUAGCUUUGCUGCUAGGAGUCCAUGCCAUGCCUGCCAAUCGCCUCUCUUGCUACAGAAAGACACUAAAAGAUCGCAACUGUCACAACCUCCCAGAGGGAGUAACUGACCUGACAAAGAUCGAUGUAAACGUCCAGGAUCACUUCUGGGAUGGGAAGGGAUGUGAAAUGAUCUGUUACUGCAACUUCAGUGAAUUGCUCUGCUGCCCAAAAGAUAUCUUCUUUGGACCAAAGAUCUCUUUUGUGAUUCCUUGCAACAAUCGUUGAGAAUCUUCAUGUAUUCCAGGGAACGUCAUCUCUCAUUUCCCACAAAUUGCAAUAUGUCGACAUAACUACAUUUCAAGUUUCUGUCCAGUGCAAUAAAGCAGAUUCCAUAAAUUCC